GGCGCCCGCCUUCCGCCCGGGAAGCCCGAGCGCUUCCGCCUGCGCGUUUCCAGGGCGACGCGGCGCCCCGGUGCCCCCUUGACUCAGUGGGACCAGUUAAUGUCAAGGGAUGUCAACUCCCCCUCUCGCUGGGACAGGAAUGCCGCCUGGUGCCUUCUCAGGGGCACAGGCUCAAGCAGCUCGGGAGGUAAAUACAGCUUCACUCUGUCGUAUUGGCCAAGAGACUGUGCAGGAUAUUGUGUUUCGAACGAUGGAAAUCUUCCAGUUACUGAGGAACAUGCAGUUACCGAAUGGUGUUACUUACCAUACUGGAACGUAUCAAGACAGACUGGGAAAGCUGCAGGAACAUCUCCGUCAGCUAUCAAUACUCUUCAGAAAACUGAGAUUAGUUUAUGACAAAUGCAAUGAAAACUGUGCUGGGCUUGAUCCUGUUCCCAUAGAACAACUUAUUCCAUAUGUUGAAGAGGACAGCUCCAAGCAUGAUGAUCGUGGUGCUGCAAGUCAGCUCCGUUUUGCUAGUGAAGAGAGAAGGGAAAUCAUGGAAGUAAAUAAGAAACUGAAACAGAAGAAUCAGCAGCUGAAGCAGAUCAUGGAUCAGUUACGGAAUCUUAUCUGGGACAUAAAUGCCAUGUUGGCAAUGCGGAACUGAACAAGGAAAAUCAAACCUUGUAGCUGGAAAAGACACAAAAUUGUUUGGAUAUACUUAAUUUCUAAGAAAUAACAUGCUUUCCCACAACCCCAUUGUAAUAAUGUUUUAAAACUCUUCAAGAUUAAAAUGUUAGGUUUUUUGUAAUAAUGUAAAUGGUGUUGGCUGUGUUCUUAUAGAAGAUUCAUCCUACAGGUUUUACCUGAGUGACUUGCUUAGCCUAAAUAUAAUACAGGCUAAGUAUCUUACAGUAAUAAUUGGCUUUGCUAUGCAAAUGGGGGUUUUUAUAAGUGAAGUCUUUCUGGAUUAUGAUUUUUUUUUAUAAUACAGUUAACACCAUGUUAGAAAUAAGUAUUUUCAUCUGAUUCUGCAGUGCAAAACAGCUCUACAGGCUGGAAAAGUUGCAAUAAGGAAAAGUCACUCUAGUAAGCUGCAGGACUGAAAUAAGUGAUCACGUAUUACAAUGCAGUGUUUGCCCAUUGUGGGAAUAUAUACUACAGGCUACUGUGCCAUGUAAGUUCAUCUUAUUCCAUAUUGUACCUCUGGAUAUAUGUUAUAUUAGAUAAAUUGGAGCAAAAUUCAAAAUGUGCAUUAAAUUACUCCUAUAUCCCUAUGGACAUAGUUAAGUAUUUUUUAAGUGAAGACUGCAUACAUUUAUCCUCAACAUAACCUUGUCCUGUAACUAUGCGUUAUAAUUUCUUGAGUACUGCUGCAGCUAUUGUAUGGUGUAGUAUUGCUGUAGCAUUGUGUGUGGUUGGAAUACUUUGGUUUUGUUUGCCAGAAUGCACUGAAUAAAUGGCUCAUUAAUUUUUUCCCUAUGACUGUCAGUCCUAGAAAACUUCAGAGUAUGCAAGCAGUUCAUUAUUUUGAGUUAAUCAUCGACCUUAAUCUUUCUUUGUUCUACCUCUGGUAUUCCUCGCAAUUUUUAUUAGCUCUGAAAGUAGUCUUAAUAAUUUUUGUUAUCCACAGAAGCUGCCAGUUGACUAUGUGUACCUUUUUCCAGAUGAAAGAAUAUGUAAAAUAACACUGUUUCAGUACAAAUCCCUAGGGCACUCUACUGUUAAUAUUUGUCAAGUUGAAAACUGACCAUGCUCACGAUCUGCUUCUUGGGUAUUACUUUUAACUUUCGUCCCAUGCCCAGUCAGAUUCCUUAAUAGUUCUGUGUGAAAGAUUUGCUCAGAACCUUCUGAAGAGUCCAGUUAAAUGGUAUCCUU